AUGGCGAUCAGCGCUUCGACAGCAAAUGAGAACCAACAGGACGUUCUAGCGGCCACGAAGAUAUCGACACAACCUGCCCACACGUUUACUGCCGAGGGUGUGUCAUCCGCCUUCUCCAAAACGCUCUGGCUGAUGAAAGCUUGUCUCCUCCUCGUUGCUGCCGUUCUCCUUUGCCGUUGGAAGCUGCGCGUGGCUUCAUCGACGAUGGACUGUGGGAGGGAUUUGAAGCUGGAUGCCUGGUUUCAUUCUCAAAUGCUGGAAUUGUGGACUCCAAGCAUGCAAUUUCUGCCGAUCGAACAGGCUCUAAUUGACAGCCCCCUUUUCUCAACCUACUUUGAUGCACAGGGGAAUUGGAUCUCCGAACCACCAAUACCAAAAACCUCACUCGAGGACUUUGUCACAACAAUCCCACCGGGGGAGGAGAAAUAUCAGUUUUUACGUUUUAUACGGAAAAUUCUGACCUGGGACCAGGAAGUGAGAGCCACCGCGAACGAAAUUAUACCGGACGAAUGGCUUAUGAGGCUGCUUUGA